AUGACCAUACAAUAUCAUGUGAAUAAUUUUGAAGUCAAAAUGGUGCCUUACAAUUGUAGAAGAGAUUCACAAGAUCUUGCUGAAAUGGAGGAAGAGCAAGAAAUUGCUAAUGAACUUAUAAGUGUUACAACUUCAGAAAAAUUAUUAUAUCGACGAGUUACUUUAAGAACUGUAGAUAAUUUCCUGGGUGAAGAAGUAACCAUAGUCAUCGAUUCUUUAGUUCGUUAUUUAUCCAAUUCUGGAAUCUUAAAGAAGUAA